AUGAUGUGUCGAAAAUAUUUCAACAGUGAAAUGGGAAACGAUGAGAGCCCCAAGGCGUCAGUGGAUCGGCGAUCGCGGAGUAGAUUGAAGUCCACUAGAAGUCGGCGUCGUGGUGAUAGCAGUCGCAGUGUGCGAAGCCAUGCGAACCACCAUCACCAGACCCGCAGUGGUCGCUCGCCCAGCCGACGGUCGCGCAGCCGUAUGUGUGUGCAGUCACGCAGUCGCGCUGAUCGUCGCAGGCACAGUCGUGCCAACUACCGGACGCGCAGCCGCAGCAGCCACCGAUCGCUAAGUCCUACCAGUCACCGUUCACGCAGCCGACCUGGACACAGCAGGGCCGUGCAGCGUGGCCAUACUGAAACCAGCCAGAUGCAACGGCAACAACAGCAAAGGUCUCCCCGCCAAGUUUUAACACCAGACAGCAAAAGCAAAGAACUAUAUAAUAAGAAUUCUGUACAACCUAAAAUUUUUAAAAUUGGAGAUUUGGUUAGCGUUGCGAGAGAAAUACAAUCGUCAGGACAAAGCCGUAAGUUAGUUCCAAAAUUUCAGGGCCCAUAUCGUAUAGCCUCAGUAUUAGGGAACGAUAGAUAUGAGAUUGUAGAUACACCUCUUACACGUAAGGGCAAUCGUAAAUUUACUUCUGUAGUCGCGGUCGAUAAAUUAAAACCGUGGCUAAGUUAUAACAGACCUGAUGAAAUUGAAUCUAGUAACGAAGAUAAUAUUGAAGAUUCUAAUUCUGAUUGU